AUGUCUUCUCACCACUCAGAUUCGUCAUCAUUUUCCAGCUCUGAGAAAGAGGUCGCCGACUUCUCUGUCAUCGAGCUGAAUGCAGACUCUCUGAACUCUUCCAGCAACUCCAGUAUUGAAAAUGGAGUCUGCGACUCGGACAAGAUUCCCAAUGGCGGACUCGUCGCUUGGCUGCAAGUUCUGGGUGCCUUCUUCCUCUGGUUCAACACAUGGGGUCUUGUCAAUGCCUUUGGAUCUUUUGGGACAUACUACGCUCUCGGUCCUCUUCGCGACUACCCAGCUUCGACCAUUGCGUGGAUCGGCUCGAUACAGGCCUAUUUGAUGCUGUUCGCCGGUGCUUUGACCGGACCUCUAUUCGACGCAGGCCACUUUCGUAUCUUGUUGAUCGUCGGCUCCUCGCUCAUCGUGGUUGGCUUGAUGACCGCCAGUGUUUCGACAGAGCUGUGGCAAGUCAUGCUUUCGCAAGCCUUUGCCGUUGGUCUUGGAAUGGGCUGUCUAUUCUCUCCAUCCCUCGCCAUUCUCUCCACAUACUUCUCUGAAAAGAAGUUCUUCGUGUCUAUGGGUCUUGCUGCAGCUGGAAGUGGUCUUGGUGGUACAAUCUAUCCGAUCGUCUUCCACACCUUAGAGCCAAGGAUAGGCUUCGGAUCCGCAACCAGAGUCAUUGCUUUCAUCGCUUUGGGUACGCUCUUGGUCUCGAACGCCGUACUCAGAGUCAGAGUCCUGCCUGCUCAGAAGCGUAAAAUCUUCGACACGACCGCUUGGAGGGAGCCUGCCUUCACAGUCUAUGUCAUCGGAUCAAUGAUCGCUUUCCUAGGCACCUGGACCCCAUUUGUUUACAUCGAGGUCUAUGCUCUCUCAUACGGCAUCACUUCGAAAGAGCUUGCAUUUUACCUCCUCCCCAUCAUCACUGCUGGAUCCAUCUUCGGUAGAGUUGGACCAAACUUGAUUGCUGCCAGAAUCGGACUGUUCAACGUCGUCGUUCCCUGCCUUUUCAUCACCGGCAGUCUUGCAUUUUGCUUGAUCUUCGCAAAGACACAAGCUUCCUUGAUUGCCGUCUCCUGUCUCUACGGCUUCUUCUCUGGUUCUAUCGUAUCAAUAAUCCCUGCUCUUGGUGUCUUCAUUUCGCCAAGCAGAGCAGUUAUUGGAACGAGAAUCGGUAUGGCUUGUGCGACCAUCGGUCUCGGUAUGCUUGCUGGCACACCGAUCUCGGGUGCAAUCUUGACCAGGUAUGGCUUCACAGCCACCUGGGCUUUCUCUGGGGCUGCAGCGGUUUUAGGAGGUUGUUUCCUGGCUGCUGCUCGAGUGUUACACGGAGGUUUGACUCUGAGGCAAAAGUUAUGA